AUGGAUGAUGUGUGUGACGAGUGCGGAGAUGUCGGCUACAGUCAUCUUCUGCUGCGAUGCAUCAAUUGCAACAAUGCUGCUAGACAUCGAUAUUGUUUGGACGAGAUAAACUUUGAUUCGGCAGUGGAGUGGUCAUGUAGUGAUUGUAUCCCAAAACACAAUGAAGCCAUUAAGCCGCCAGGAGACGCAAAUUGUCAAAGGCAACUAAGGAACACCAAGUUGGAUUUCUCUGUAGUCAAUGAACCAAAUGUGGAGCAAGAGAAGGUAACGAAGGCACGAGUACUUCGUAGAAAUAGACCAUGCCGAGAAAGAGAAGCUAGUUUUGAUGAAAGUAUUGAACAUGUCCCGGGUGGAGACACAUCGAAUCGGGGACGAUGUGUUGAGGAGCAAUUAGAUUCUCGUGAAAUCUCUGUCCGGGAUAUACCCAACCUCAUUGAUUGUAAGAAGGAAGGGGAGGAUAUAAAUGGACACUUAAUUUGCACACCGGAGAGUUUUGAUGGUUCAAGUAAUUUGGCUUUGGAUCAUGCUUCAAGUAUUGAACCCAACAAUUUGCAAAAGGCAGUUGGUGGUUCUAAACUUGCUUCAGAUUCUAUGGACUGGCCUGAUCUCCCAAAUGCAAGGAGUGGCUGCUUUGCUUCAUUGAAGUAUGUUGAGGGUUUUGUUCCACCAGGAAGGAAGGGUGAUAUUUUUUCUCUAAUGAAUGAGGUCGAGGGAUCCCGCCCAAUAAUUGUGGACAAGUCUUGUUCUACAUCGGCAAGCAUGGAGCAAGCAGAUGGUUUAUUGGUAAAAAUAGAGAAAUCUGAACCUUUGAAGUUGGUUAAAGGAUUGGAGGAGACUGUUGUAGCAUCAAAGUUUGCACCAAAUCAUUCAAAGCCGAUGCAAGGAUCAGAUCUGGAGACAGGGAGUGUGGAUGUCUUGAAUCCUCUAGAGCAGCGUCUGGACUCUUGGGCAAUGCCGCUGAUGCAAUCAAGUCCCUCAAAUGAACCAGAAGAUGCGGCUACGGCUACUCAGGAAAACGGUGCUGAAAGAACAAGGUGCUUGGUGGACAUGGAAACCGUUGCCUCUGAAUUGGAGAACCACAAAGAAUCAAAUCCCAAAAUGGCAAAUGAAAGCUUGAGUUGUGGUGAAGGUAACUCAGAUGAAGCAAAUAGAAGAUCAGAUGAGCUUUUAUCAAGCACCAAAGACAAUAAGAUGCGAAGGCGAAUGUGUGUUGCUAGAAAGAUAGUUAACUCUUGCAAGGUAAAUGGAAUUACAGAUCCUGAGCCAGCACAUGGUAACCGAGAUGCAAUAAAGCUCCAAUGUAAUGCAGGAAAGACUUCUCUUGCCGUCAAAAAGGUGCCUCUUCAGCUGAUAUUGCAAGAGGAAGGCAUUAACAAUGAGUUAUUGCAAGAGGAAGGCAUUAGCAAUGAGUUAUUGCAAGAGGAAGGCAUUAGCAAUGAGUUAUUGCAAGAGGAAGGCAUUAGCAAUGAGUUAUUGCAAGAUGAAGGCAUUAGCAAUGAGUUAUUGCAAGAGGAAGGCAUUAGCAAUGAGUUAUUGCAAGAGGAAGGCAUUAGCAAUGAGUUAUUGCAAGAGGAAGGCAUUAGCAAUGAGUUAUUGCAAGAGGAAGGCACUAACAAUGAGUUAUUGCCUUCCAAGUUUGUUGGUCCAUGUGAGUCAACAAAAAUCAACCCUAGAAAGCGUAAGCAAUCAGGAAAUUACGUUCCUGAUGGAACAAAAUAUCAGAAAGCCUGUAUUAUAAGUGGGAAUGAAAAUGCCAAUGUUGCAUGGUCAAAAAGUGGUAGACCAGCACGAACUUGCCAGAACACGCCUAGGAAAGACAAUGGUAGCAGUGAUAACGUUAUUGGGCACUCAAAGAUGGGAAAAGAUAAGAAAAUUGUUAAGUCAUGGCUGGCUAACAAGGGCAUACGAUAUUCACGGAAGAGAGGGAUGGUUACAGGUGUCUUGCAGCCCUACUCUCUUCGUAGACGUUCUGUGGACAGAUCAAGACCUUCACGGAAGAGAGGUAUGGUUACCAGUGUCUUGCAGCCCUACUCUCUGCGUAGACGUUCUGUGGACAGAUCAAGACCUUCACAGGAGAGUGGUGUUGUUACCAGUGUCUUGCAGCCGUACUCUCUGCGUAGACGUUCUGUGGACAGAUCAAGACCUUCACAGGAGAGAGGUAUGGUUACCAGCGUCUUGCAGCCCUACUCUCUGCGCAGACGUUAUGUGGACAGAUCAAAACCUUCAGAAAACAUGGAUCUGGCGCUGAUGGAAAGCAGCUGCGCAUUGAAUAAUCCAAGCAGCAGUUGUGCAGCGCAAGCAUCAGGUUUCUCUUCAAAAUCGAAAGAAUUACACGAGCGCGAUGAGCCAAAGAAACGAAGAAAACUCAUUUUAUCUUAUGACGAAGAGGAAGAUGCUGUGGCCUUACAGGCAGAAGAUCUGAAUUCCUGGUCUUGUGAUGACGAUGGACAUGUGAAGAAGCAAAGAAAAUGCGUGGAAAAUGCUGCGGAGAACCAGAGAAGAUCUAUAGAAGAAGGUAAAGAAGCUUUGGGGUCAGGAAAUUUGAAUCGAUGUUCGAAGAAUCAUAAGCAGGUGAAGAAGCAGAGAAGCAUAGAGGCAGAGGAAGAUGAAAAUGCAUCUGUAAGAAAUCUGAAUGCUGGAUGUUCAAGGAUGCCAGUCAUUUCAGAAUGUAUUGGCGGGCAACCCCUUGAUAUACCUUGUUGGACUGGAAUCAUGAAGAUCAACAAUAACUAUAUUCCAUUGGCUGCACACCUGUCAACCAAAGCAGGCAAGAAGGUGCAAGAACUGUCAAGAUCACUGCCACCAAUAAUGAAAGUGGCCAAGUUUUCUACAUCAAAAUCAUGUCCGCACUUUGAGGCACCGAUACCUACAGCUGACAGCAUUGGCUUGUAUUUCUUUUCGGGUGAUAUGAGGCAAACUAAAGAGCUGGAUGAGCUGGUGAAGCAUCUCGCUGAUAGUGGAAUUGUUCUAGAAGCUGUUGUUGGUUUGAGGAAGCUGUUUCUCUUCCCUUCUGGUGCACUACCAGUGCAACAUCAGACGUUCCAAGGGAAACCCUAUCUAUGGGGAAUGUUCAAGCCCAGAAAAGGUAAGAUCAGAAGAUUACCUCCAGUGGAACAAGAUUGUACUGCACAUGUUUCAAAGGAAGAACAUGCCCAAGAACAGCAUUCCUUGGACCAGGAAGACAAGGCACAAAGCAACACCCUUGACCUGGUCGUGCAUCCCGAGAAUCAACCCUUACUGGAUGCAAACCAACUAGGAAAGGAAGCGUUGUCUGGCAAUGUCCUGCCCCCUGUUGACGUGGGAGCUCUAGUUUCUGCAAAUAUCGGCCCAGCUGAUCAUGGACAGCGCUGCUCAAAUCCAGAAGCCCCGCCACCUAAACUCUGUGGUUUUGUUGUCUCACGGACACCAAGAUCUGCGCAACUCAUCCAGGAGAUGCAGAAGGAAGGUGCAUUACUGUUUGCUGUGCAGCAGGUGAUGACAGAACCUGGCUCAGUGGUAUAG